AUGUCAUACCUCGGAAGAAAGUGGCCGGCGCCCGUCGCCCGACCCAUGAUCCCCUUCUACGCUGCCGGUCUCAUCGUCAUGUACGGUGUCAACUCCUUCGCUGGCGCUCUCGCUCAAUCCGACGAGUACAAGAACGACCCGCGCAACCCGGCGUCCAAGAGCUCUGAUGCCCACUAG